GUGAAGUUCUUCCUUUCAGAACCCCCACGAAAUCCCACUAAACGAAGAAUAGAACACAACUUAGCAGAGCCCAACUACAAAAAUUCUAAUUACACUUCCCUGCUUACCCAUCCUGACCCAAUGCUAUCCAUUAUCUCUUGGCCUUUGAUCUGAUUGUGCGAGUCUUGCCAAAGUAUUUAGUUUUGAUUAAGCUAGUCCGCUGUGCAUGCCGAUCAUGGAAAAGUCUAAUGGAAGUCGCAAGCACAGCCUAGAUCAGCUCGAGCCUCCUCCGCCUCCGCCUCAGUCCCAGCCGCAGUCUUCGGUGGCCUCGCCGAUGCCUCCCAUGGUGGAGAACUGGAGUGGAAAGCGGAAGCUCUAUGCCAUCGAUGAGCGCGAAGAGAGCUCGCCGGUGACUGUGGGCGAGGUGGAGGCGGAGACGGCCUAUGAUGCGGAUGUGGACGAGUUGGAGCAGCCCGUGGGUCAGCGUGAGAUCAUCUACGAGCUGUUCCAGCCAUGGGCCCUCUCCACCUACGGCGAUCAGGCAAAGACCAAGACGAUAACGCUGCGCAAGAAGGCGCGCAUUCUCAAGGCGCUGGAAGGCAAGGAGCACAGUCGCCCGGAUAGCUCAAAAUUUCGCUUCUGGGUGAAGACAAAGGGUUUCACCACAAAUCGUCCCGACGGCUAUGAAGAGGCUGCCGGCAGUCGACGACGCCUGAAGCCUCUUCCCAUUUCCGCAGUUCUAUCGGACAAUCCUGGCGAUGUGGAUCUUUUUGCCGCAUCGACCAGCAAGGGAUUCGGUCGUCGGAUCUACCGCAAGGUGGCCUGUGUAGAGGAGUUCUUCGACAUCAUCUAUAACGUGCACAUGGAGCUGGGCGGACGCAGUGGGAUGCAUGCUGGCCAAAAGCGCACCUACCGAAUUAUAACGGAGACCUACGCUUUCUUGCCCCGCGAGGCGGUCACCCGCUUCCUUACCAUCUGCCCCGAGUGCAAGAAGAACCUCAGACCCUCCUCGCCGACGGGGGGAUGCAAGGACUCAGAACUGGCCGGCAAUGAGAGCUCCUCGGAAGUGGAGAACUAUCUGAAUUAUUCAUCGCACACGGAGAGCUCCUUGGAGGCGGGACCCACGGCCAAGCGGCGGCGCCACUCAAGUGCCGAUCUCAAGGGUUUAGUGCCCGUGGCCGGGGUGGGCGUUGGCGCCGCUGCCAGCAGUGCCAGUGCCACACAACUCGAUGUUCUCGGAGCCCCUCCACCCAGUCCCACCGCGAUACAACCCCGCGGCCAGGCGGCUGUCGAGACCACACCGGUUAGCGUGCCCAAGAUACGGGUCAAGACACAGUUGCAGCGUCCGUUGAGUCCACCGGGGGGAGUUCCAAUCACAGGGCCAGGUGUUUCGGCUUCCGAGCAGCCCACCCCCAACCAGGGACAGCCCCAGAGCUUAAACAUGCAGCUUCUCAAGUCGCGGGAUAAUCUCCUCAAGUACUACGACUUUAUGAGACGCUUCUAUGCCGGUGGCUCGGUGCUUCAUGAACCGGUCCUAGCGCCGCCCCUCUACGGCAGCAGCCUACUGCAAAGCCUCAGCUAUCCAACCACCAACACGACAAGCAGCACUACUACACCAACCGCUUCUACUACCCCUGCUUCUAUCUCUACCCCUACCCCUACCCCUAACCCUACCACUACCCUUACCACAAGCACAGCAACCACCGCAGCACAGAGCAAGAGUUCGGCACCUCCCAGGGCAUCCUCCCCAGUGCCGACGACGACUCCGUCCGCUUCCUUUACCACCUUCAAGACCUCCCCAGAUAGUUUGUCUCGGGCACGCUCACCGAUACCGAUGGCCUCGGUAGCCACGCCUUCCGAUCCCCAAGUGUCCCAUACGCCGAUCAAUUUAACGAAAUCUCUAUUUUGCAGCCCGAAGAACGGGAGUCCUGCCUCGACCUCGACACCAGUUGCCGUGCAGGCCCCGCUCAAGUUGGAGCUACCCAGUCCGCCCAGGUCGUUGCCAGAGCUUCGCAUUCCCCAGAUACGUGGCAUGCCGCAUGUGGAGCUGUCCUUGCCGCUGCCUCCACUCGACUUGGAGCGACUGAAGCCCAUUACCUCCACGUACUUGCAGUUGACUCGCAGCAUGGGACUGAGCGACGAAGAUGCCUUGCGCUUUGAUAACCUGGAAACCAUACCAGCAACACCGGCCACGAACACCGACACAACCAGCACGGUGGUCGGUGUGGGCGGCGGCGUCGGCGCAGGUCUCGCUGGAGGAGGAGCAGGUGGCGGUGGAGGCCUCCUUGGCACCGGCGGGAUCCUGGGCGAAGUCGUCAGCGGCCUGGGCGGAGGAGGCGGCAGCGAGUCGGAGGCCUAUGCGGGCCUAAUGAAGGACGCAGACAAGCUGAAGCUGAUGCUCCUGGCCUGGAACUACCAGAACUCGACGGCGGUGCGCAACGGGACCGAAGGGCCAGACCUCAGUGUUGUGGGUGGGCUGUGGGCCCAGUACCAGAACGCGCUCGCCCAGAAUGCGGCUGCAGCUGCGGCGGCCAGUGCCAAGAUGGACAGCUCGCUGUCCCCAGUGCCCCGACAGGACACACACUCGCCCAUGGAGACGCAGGAUGAGACAAACUCCUCCGGGCAGAAGGAGGAGGAUGAGGUUUCCGAAGACGACUCCGAUGACAAGCUGGACGAGAAGCUGGCCACCACACACGAUCCCGAGCGCCUCAAGGCCUUCAAUAUGUUUGUGCGGCUCUUUGUGGAUGAGAACCUGGACCGCAUCAUCCCCAUCUCGAAGCAGCCAAAGGAGAAGAUCCAAGCCAUCAUCGAUUCGUGUGCUCGACAGUUCCCCGAGUUCAGCGACCGCUCCCGCAAACGCAUCCGCACCUAUCUCAAGUCGUGCAGACGCAAUAAGAAGACCCGUGACGGAUGGGAGAAUACGGUAAGCUUAAUCGAAACCAGACCAACCCCUGCACAUCUCACGUCCGUGCAGGCGGAACAAAUCCUGGCCAUUGCCUGCGAGAACGAAUCGAUGAAUGCCAAGAGGAUGCGCAUCGGCCUGGAGCCCAUCACCCACGCGGUGCCGGCUCCGGGUAGCGCCGUUGCGGCAGCGGCUGCGGCAGCUGCGGCUGCUGCCGUUGUGGCUGCUACCAGCUCUGGUGCCGGCGGAACGAGCACCACGUCCGCGGGCAAUGCCACCGUCACCUGCGGAGGAGCAGGAGUCGCGGAUGCCACCGGCCUCACAAAUGUGGCGGCCGCUGCUCUGCCCUUUGUCAGCGCCGUGGGCUUUGCCCGCUCCACACCGAACUCGGAGCAUGCGGAGGCGCUGCCCUUCGGGGGGGCAAGCAAUGUGGGUGGGAGUGCGGGAGGCGGCAGUACCAGUGGAGCGGAGAGCCAGCACCAUCACAUUCAUGGACAGCCGCUGAUGCAGAGUAACUGUUCAGCGCGCAGCUCUCCAUUGGCCCUCAGCUCGAAUGCCAGCGUGAGCGGCGGGGCAAGCGUGACCGGCCUGACACUGGCCAAUGGGGCUGUGGCCUCGAAUGGGGCUGGCCUCCCGCCCACCAGCUACCCCGGCUACUUUCCCGGGGUGGCUUCCCUGGGUAAUGUGACGCCCACCGAUCUCUCGAUGAAACCGACCUCCCUGGGCUCCGGUGUCAGCGGCAACCUUCUCAGCAGCAACAACGGAAAUAUCUCCGUGGGCGGCGCCAUCAACUCCCAGCUGAGUGCCGCCAACCUGGCCACCCUAAGCAACGCCAACACCAAUAGCGCUCUGGUGACCGCAACCCAGCAGCUGCAGCAGCUCCAACAGCAACAACAGCAGCAGCAGCAACAGCAACAACAACAGCAGCAGCAGCAACAACAGCAGCAGCAGCAACAGCUCCUGGCCAGCUCCGGGGGCGGUCUCGAUGGGCAAUCCUCCCGAGCGCCGCCUAUUCUUCCGCACAAGCUGAGUCCCAACGAGGUGUCCGCGGCCCGCCAGGUGAUAUCCGCAUACCGUGAGAGCGCGGCCUUUCUCCUGCGCACCGCCGACCAGGUGGAGCAGCUGCUGGUCCAACAGCAGUAGGCGUGGCCGGGGGCGCACUCAAAUUUCCAGGACCCAAGCGAUGCCAGGCGCGCACGGGUUGUUCCUAUUUAAAAUUAAAUUUAAAUUCAAUUACACAAAAAACUGACCCACUCACCCCACACACUCUCGCGCCAAACUACACGAAAUAGUCAAAGCAUAGAGCAAAACGAAGGAGCAACACAGGAGUAGAAGGAAGAGGAUCAGGAGAACAGGAGAGCAGGAAAUAGCCAAAGGAAGUUCGUUUAAACAAAACAUUUUAAGUGUUUUUUCCUCCAACUACGUACAGAAUAUUAAAAUAGAAUUAAACGAUAAACAAAAACCAAAACAAAUAUUGAAAAUAUCACAACAGUAAAAAUAGCAGAGCUGCUCCAGCCAUCUGAUUGCGUCUUAUACGAAGCUCCCAUCUUGGAAUAUGUAUUUCAGAACUGUUCAAUCCUAGGCUGGGCGAUCGACUUAAAUAGCAUGAAAUAGCUCCAUUUACUAUUCCAUUCGAUACUCCCGAAUAAAUUUGACCGGCAAAACAGAUAUAUUAUUUCAUGGUGAAUAUACUUACAUUUGCUUUAGACACUUAAGAAUCGAUUACAAUAUUAUAACUUCCAAGCGUUUUUCUUUUUACUCUCAGUAAAGGUUUUUUGACAGCCAUAUUUAAGACCAGACCUAGGGCAGAUUUAUUAUUGUUAUUUAGUCGUCCAUUUUUUAUUUCGAUAUCGACCUAAGCUUCGAGAAACGGAUUACGGUUUUCGGUAACUGUUACCAUACGUAGAUGAUCCACUACCAGCGAGAUACAUGCAUAUAAGAGGCAUAUCAGCUAGCUGGGCAGCUCUAGUAAAAUAAAUCCAAGCAACAGUUCAACGUACUACAGUGUCUACUAAAAGUAAAACUACAAUAGCCACACACAAACACUCGCAUUGAUUUUGUUUAAACUUUUGAGUUUUGAAUAUUUUUCGGACUCUUCCCGGUGGGGAGCCGCGAUUUCCGGGCCCAUUUUCGAUGAGCGCGAUUUGUUAAAAAUGAAACAAAAUAAUUAAUAAGUUGAAGUAUUGUUGUACAUUUUAAGGAUACAAAAAACAUUUUAAGGAAAACAAAAAAAAAAAAAAUACGAAAAACUAUGAGAAAACACAGGGUGAUACUUUGAAAAAUUAUUACAAUGCAUAAGCUAAAAAUUAAACAAAUGAAAAGGGAAAAAAGAAAAUGUAAAAAAAUGAACUCGAAACAAUUGAAUAGAAGUUGGUAAAUGUGUAUUUAAAGUUUAGCUAUGUUUCCAGUUUCUUGAUUAAUAAUGUCCCUCAGUUCGACUGGUUUACCUUCCAUUAGGUGUAUAUAUUUUGAAAUUUUACCUUUUGAGUUUUGCUGUUGCUUUUUACUCACAUUCGAUUAUGGAAGUAUAUAUACCAAAUAAAGUAAUUAAAUAAAAAAUAGCCAUUCAUGUUUUUUGCAACUAUAAAUGUGCAUGUAAAAAAACCACACACACAAAAACACAAAAACACAGUGGAACAUCGGAAUGUGAGGAAACGGAAACCCUCAAUGGAAGGUCGCUAUGGAAGGCAGAUUAUAGAAUUUAAUAAUAUAAAUAAAUUGCUACAAUUAUUUAACCAACAGAUAAUUAUUGACUAAACCAAACUAAAUAAAUAUCCAAAGAAUUCGAUCAAGGCGCGGGAUAUUUAUGAAGCGUACUUAAACGUAAAACAAUGAGCGGCAUUCGCUGAGAAGAGUAAACUAAUUAAA